UUCUGCCCAGAGUCCGGGCAGUGACAAGGGACACAGGCCAAACAGAUUGGAGGGUUUGAACGUCCCGCUCUGAGGACACCAGGUAAGGGCUGUGACCUGAGCACCAGGAUGUCCGCAGAAGAUCAGAACAUAGAGGACAGGCUUAACUAUGACGGUAUAUUCAGGCACUUCAAAAAAUUCAAAGUGAAGAUUUCACGUGCAAUAAAAAAGACCUUUCCAUUCCUUCAGCUCCUCCGUGACCAUGAAUUCAUCACAAAUCAAAUGUUUGAAGAUUGUGAAACAUCUUGUAAAAACUUGAUCCCUAUAAAUAACGUGGUGUACAAUGUUCUUGAAGAGCUGGAGAAGAACUUUAACCUAGAAGUUCUGAACAUACUGUUCAGCGAUGACAACAUAAAAGAAUAUCCUGCUUUAAUUCCUAUUUUUGAAAGCUUCAAAAGUGUGCUCCCAGACGAAUGGCGUUUACAAGAAAGUCCUGAAGGAGAGAGAGAGGAGGGGCCCAGCAGCCAACUAAGCCUGGAACAAGGAACUGGUGAAUACUCCUUCCCAAGCCUGCCUGGACCACACUCAGAUUCCUCCUUUUCCACUGGUACAGCCCUACCUGAGAGCGGACUCUGUGAAACUGAACAGGCAAACACAAGGAGGACUGAUACAAACAGAGACAAAAAUGAUGCACUAGGACACCAACAAGCAAAUCAACCAUGUGCCCAAAAGCCUGGGCCAGCAGAGAGAAAAACUGCCAUCCCUGGAACUUUGAGGAGAAGAAGAAGCAGAACAGGCAGAAAAAGAGGUCCAAGAAUUCCCAAAGAUGAAAGUAUGAAUUUUCAACUUCCUGAACUUCCUGUGACCUGUGGUGACAUAAAGGGGACUCUAUAUAAGGAGAAAUUUCAACAAGGAACCUCAGUGAAGUGUAUAAAGAGUGAGACGAGAAGGUGGUUCACUCCCAGGCAAUUUCAAAGUCGAGGAGGCUACAAUGAAUCCUGCAACUGGAAGCUAACCAUACGCUGCGGUGGAUUUACCCUGAAAGAACUAAUUAAGAAAGGAUAUCUACCAAAUCCGCCAAGAGGCAGAAAAAAGUGAUUAUCAAGUGACUUCUGCUGAUGCCUCAUCGCUAAUAUUGUUGGUUUCCAUCUCUGUAGACUUGCUGUCUUUAAAUUGACCAAGCAUGAUAAAUCUUGACUGUAUAAUAUGGUGCUUGUGCAGUUCCUGCUUUCCAACAUUAUAUAAUGUAUAAGGCUGGGACUUAGAGCCACAAAACAUUUGAGAUAAAGGUCGGAACAAUCAUUAAAAAUAAAUACGACAGA